GGAUCCUCUAAUAUCCUCUUUGUAUGGAAUGACAUGAAUGAGCCUUCAGUCUUCAAAGGGGCAGAACUAACAAUGCAGAAAGAUGCUGUGCACUACAACAACUGGGAGCAUCGGGAAGUACACAACCUCUAUGGAUUCUACCAGCAAAUGGCAACUGCAGAAGGACUCAUCAGACGUUCUUCAGGAAAAGAGAGACCGUUUGUCCUCACACGAUCUUUCUUCGCUGGAUCACAGAAGUAUGGGGCAGUGUGGACUGGAGACAACACAGCAGGGUGGAGUUACUUGAAAAUAUCCAUUCCAAUGCUUCUCACCAUUAGCAUGGCAGGGAUUUCAUUCUGUGGAGCUGAUGUGGGAGGGUUUAUUGGAGAUCCAGAACCAGAAUUACUUGUUCGCUGGUAUCAGGCUGGAGCCUAUCAGCCCUUCUUCAGAGGUCAUUCUAACAUGGAGAGCAAACGGCGAGAACCGUGGCUCUUUGGGGAGAAGAACACCCAGAUCAUCAGGGAAGCCAUUAGAGAGCGCUACGUCCUCCUGCCAUACUUAUAUACACUGUUCUAUCGGGCGCACACAGCGGCUGAACCGGUUAUGAGGGCUCUCUGGAUAGAGUUUCCAGGGAAAACAGAAACUUUUGGUGUGGAAAAUGAGUACAUGCUGGGAAAUGCUUUGUUGGUGCAUCCAGUCAUGGAGCAAAAGGCCAAGGCAGUGAGUGUUCUCCUUCCAGGGUCAGAGGAGAUUUGGUAUGAUUUCAGAAAAUUUAAACGAAUGGAAAAUCCAGGCACUCUGAAGAUCCCAGUAACACUGGAGAAUAUCCCUGUGUUCCAGCGGGGAGGUACUGUGAUACCUCUGAAGACCAUGGCUGUAAAAUCCACUGAGUGGAUGAUAGAUAUUUCUUACGAACUCCAUGUGGCCCUGGACACAGAGGCCUCUGCAACAGGUGAGCUCUACCUAGAUGAUGGGCAUUCAUUUCAAUAUCUCCACAAGAAGCAGUUUCUGUAUCGGAAAUUCACUUUCCACAAGAACAUUCUCUCUUCCAGCUGCACAGAUGAAAGCGGACAAUACUACACUACAUGUGUGGUUGAACGGGUAAUAGUUCUGGGAUUUGGACAGCAACCCACUUUUGUGACAGCCUGUUCCAAGGAUGGGGAAGAAAAAGAAGUAGUUUUCACAUACGACAUGAAGACCUCUGUGCUGAAGCUGGAAGAUUUAGCCCUGAGUGUUGGUGCUGACUGGCAGAUUUGCAUCAACUGA